AAACCAUGAGGGCGCUUGGCUGUGGCAGCCGCGGCUCUGGCACCAGCCCGAACCCUCGGUCUCCCCUGGGGAGGAGAGCACAUGGUGCCCAAAGCUGAACCCGUGGUUUGCAAACCACUGUGUUCAUUACCAACAGGACCCAGGACAGGAGAGUGCAAAGACGGCUAUGAGUAGUCCCAGUGCCAAGCCAACAUGCCUGUCACAACCUGUGGUGAAGAGUGUGAUGGUGUAUCGUAAUGGAGACCCUUUCUUCCCUGGCCGGCGUGUUGUUAUCCAUGAGAAGAAGGUGUCCAGUUUUGAUGUCUUUCUAAAGGAAGUGACAGGUGGUGUGAAUGCUCCUUUUGGAGCUGUGCGGAAUAUUUAUACACCUCGGGGUGGGCAUCGCAUUCGUCAGCUAGAUGAGAUUCAAAGUGGAGAGCACUAUGUUGCUGGUGGCAGAGAAGCUUUCAAAAAACUAAAUUAUUUGGAUAUUGGAGAGCCAAAGAAAAAACCUGUGGAAAUUAAUAAUGAGUUAUCUCUGGAAGAUGUGAAGCCAGUUACCCACAGCAGAAUUAAUGUAUCUGCACGCUUUCGAAAACCACUUCAGGAGCCAUGCACUAUAUUCCUGGUUGCUAAUGGUGAUCUUGUAAGCCCAGCAGUGCGUCUUUUCAUCCCAAGGAAAGCACUAAACCAGUGGGAUCGGGUUCUUGAGAUGGUUACUGAGAAAGUUACACUCAGAAGUGGAGCUGUACACAGGCUUUAUACUUUAGAUGGAAAACCUGUGGAAAAUGGGAUGGAUUUGGAAAAUGGACAGUUUUAUGUAGCAGUUGGCAGAGAUAAGUUUAAGAAAUUGCCAUAUAGAGAAUUAUUGUUCAGCAAGUCCACGAUGAAGAGAUCUUAUGGCUCAAAGGCAUCCUCGCUACCACCUAUUGGUGGAUCUGGAAAAUCAAAGGGGAGCUCAAAAUCUACUGACACAGGAGACACAUUGUCUUCUCCUCAGUCUCCAAAGAGAAAGGAAAAGAUUGGAUACAGUCAAGAGUCUAAAAACCCUACAAAAUCAAAAGAAGAUGCAAAAAUUGUAACCAAAUCUUACAUUUUUCCUGUUAAUGAUGAUGGUAUUUUCAAAGCUGGAAAAAAACGAUCUGAAAUGCGAGGGGCAGCAGAAGUCCAGGAAGAUGAAGACACUCAAACUGAGGUCCCAGUUGACCAGCGACCAGCAGAAACUGUGGAUGAGGAAGAAAAUGUAUCACCAAAACAUAAAGCUUUAAAAAAAAGAGAAUAUGCAAUGAUGAAUGGAGAAAAUGGAGAGGCUAUUAAUGGAAUGGAGGAAGGCAAAGAGAAACAAAAUGACCAUUAUCAAGAUGAAUUACAAGAGCAGGACCAAGCAGGACAAGAGUCUAAUGGCCACAUGCAUGGUAACACAAAUGAAGAAAAUGGUGAGGAAGUGGAUCCCAGUUGUCAUCCAGAAGAAACAAAAGAAGGUAUUGAUGAUCAAAUCCAGGUUGAUUCCAAUGGAACUUAUGAAAAAGUCCCAGCCCCAAGAGUCACCAUCACCAGUCCACAAGAAAGUGAGAAGAAUGAACAAACCAGUGACUAUGCAGCAGUAGCAUAGGGAUAUUUUAGAAGAUGUAUGUUCUCAGAAAAUGAAGAAUUCUAUCUUUGGAACAAAGGGUGUCAUUUUCCGCAUUUAAUUAUUUUAUGGUAU